AUGACUGGCUCAACCGGCUCUACUACCUCUACAUCUGGAUCAGGCUCUACACCCACCCCAACCGCUUCCACCAGCACAAUCACACCAGCAACCUACGCGCCUACACCAAAACCGUCUAACCUCGGUGGAGGAACACAUACCACUACGACCGGCACGCUUUCCUCUUCUUCUCUGCAUGCUGCACCAGUAUCACCGCCGCCAUCCAAUAGUCGCAUUCCCGUGACACCGGCGGUGCUGAGAGCUAUAUUCGCGUCGUCGCGCUCGCCACGCGAGGAGAGGUCGUUGUCGCGCGUGGCGUUCUUUCGGUUUACGGGGUUCGUGAUCAGCUGUUUGGCGAUUAGCUUGGCUGCGAACCGUGGUCGAGGGAUUCGAAGUGGUGCCGCGCUUUUGGGCGUGGGUGUCGUAUAG